UUCUAAAAAAUAUAUAUUUAAUUUUUAUAAUUAGCAAUUUUUGAAUAAAUAUAUUUAAAAAAAAUUGUAAAUCUAAAUUUGAAAAAACUACAUGCAUUUAAAAAAAAUAGUAAAUUAACUGCCCCAAAAAAAAAAGUAAAUUCGAAAAAAAAUAGAAGUAAUAUGGUGACAUAUCAAAAGGGCAGUUAAUUAAUUCGCGGGAAAACGUUAGAACCAAAAAACCCGUUCGUUAAUAGAAGCAGCAAAACAAGAUCUCAUUCUCUCCGGCCUUGUCCAUUUCUCACCACCGGAAAAAUCAAUCUUUAUUUGUGUUCUUAGAAACAAUGUCCGCCGCCGUUCUUUUGGUUGUUCUUUUGCUCGUACUGACGGCCACGGCGGUGCUCUCCAUGCGGUUCGACCUCCAAUCGGGGACUACUAAGUGCAUAUCGGAGGAGAUUAAUGCCAACGCCAUGACUUUGGGAAAAUACUUAGUCGUAAACCCUUACCAUGACUCUCCUCUUUCUGAUACCCACAAGGUCAACGUUAGGGUAAGUUCACCUAAUGGGAACAAUUAUCACUACAUGGAUAAUGUGGAAUCGGGUAAUUUUGGGUUCACUGCACCUGAGAAGGGUGACUAUACGACUUGCUUUUGGGCACCUGAGAAACUCCCUCCAAAGACUAUCACGGUUGAGUUUGAUUGGAGGACUGGUGUGGCUGCUACUGACUGGUCCAAUGUUGCCAAGAAAGGCCAGGUUGAUACACUCGAAGUAGAAUUGAAGAAAAUGUAUACCGCUGUGACACAUAUCCAUGAUGAGAUGUUUCAUCUACGUGAGAGGGAGGAUGAAAUGCAACAAUUUAAUAGAACAACUAACUCAAAGAUGGCUACCUUUAGCUUUCUUUCCCUGUUGGUUUGCUUAUCGGUUGCUGGUUUGCAGUUCUGGCAUUUGAAGACUUACUUUCAAAAAAAGAAGCUUCUCUAGAUUUUCUUCUAUGAUUUCUUUCUACCUCUUCAUAUCCAAUUUUUUUCUUUUUGGUCACUUGUUGUUGCAUAUUGGCAACUUUGUAUUUCUCAAUUUUGUUUUUCAAUUUUUUUUAAAGGACUUUAUCAUCUUUUUUUGACAUGGGGGCGUAUGAAAUUGAGAUGGGGUGUUCCUUUUUUACACUCUUUACCAGCUUUUUUUCUUUCUAUUUUCUUUAUUUCUUCUGGCUGAUUGGUGAAACUUAUUUUGAUACACAACAAAUUUGAAUACAAACUUUAAACAUAAUGAUAUGUAUUUAAUUUUAAUCACUCAAAUUAAAAUGAUAUGGUCUCACUUAAAAAAAUAUUAGUUGUGUCUAGUACAAACAGUUAAAUACUAUGAUUCAUUAAUAUGUUAAAGAAUUUGUUCUCCAUAUAUUGUAGUACACAGUUAAAAGAUGAUGUAAAGAGUAAAAUGAAUAAAUUUGU